GACAGCACUUGAGCUUGUGUUGUAGUUGUGUCUUGGAACGUCUUGACAGAUGUUGAAAGGUUUUGGGUGAACCUGUGUUUCCGUCUUUGUCAUGUUUUAAUGAAAAGAAGUGAAAUGUGAAAACGCGACACCAUACGGUCUUCGGUAAUCCCAUUUAACAGUGUCUGGGAGUCCUGUAAGGAAGUAGCUCAGUUGCUAACACCAGGCAGUGUGAUACAGGGUGCACCAGUAUUAAGGUGAUGCUUCUCUCUCGUCGUGUUGUGCGCCUGUGCGCUGUGUCAUGGCACCUACGCCACCUGAGCUCUCAACCUUAUAAAGCUGUCAUAUUUGACAUGUAUGGGGUGCUGAUACCAUCCCCCAUGCCAAAGGCUAAAGAGUGGGAAGAGAGGAAUGGAGUUCCGCUCGGCACCAUUGGUCGAGCCAUCAGGACGGGUGGUGAAGCCAGCAUCUGGAAACAGUUUAUGAGAGGAGAGCUGGGAGUAGAGGAGUUUUUGAAGGCCUUCAAUAAUGAAUGCAGCACAAUUGCUGGUUGUGCGGUCAGUAUGGACUCGUUCCUGGAGGCUCUGACCAGCGGGGUCAUGAGGCAGCCUCUGCCGGGCAUGAUGGCGGCGGUGGAGAGCAUCCGUGCCCUCGGCCUGAAGACGGCAGUGCUCAGCAACAACUUCCUCCUGCCCGGCGGGGGAUCCUACCUGCCACUGGACCAGAGAAUGUUCAACGUGAUAGUCGAGUCUUGUCGAGUGGGUCUGUGCAAGCCUGACCCCAGGAUAUAUGAGCUCUGUGCAGACAGACUGGGGGUUUCGCCACAGGAGGCCGUGUUCCUGGAUGACCUGCCUAUGAACGUGGAAGCGGCUGCCCAGGUGGGCAUGCGGGGCAUUCAGGUGGCAGAUCCUGCAGUGGCCAUACGUGAGCUGGAGAAGUUGCUUCAGUUCUCGCUGUCUGACUGUGUCCCUGGGAUCUACUUGAUGAAAAAGCAUCAGCUCCCUAUGGACCAACUCAAUCACUACCUCAGGGAGGCCAUCCAGUUAACUGGCACAGAUCCAGUGACGGUGCAGAGAAUCAGCCAUAUCUCUUCACAACACACAUACCUUCUGAGUAGCAGGGGGCGAAAGAUGGUCCUCAAGAUGUCAUCUCACAUACAGGCAGCGAAGAGAGAGCAAAGGACACUGACUGCACUCAGAGGAUCAAGAGUUCCAGUUCCUGACGUUUUAAAGCUCUGUGAGGAUGCGAGUGUGCUGGGCAGCCCUUUCCUGCUGCUGGAGCCCAGAGGAGGCCGGCUCCUCCAGGAUCCAUCUCUCCCUGACCUCACACCGGAGGAGAGGAGGGCCGCUCACAGAGCCGUGAUCCAAACCCUGUGCCACAUACACUCUCUGGAGCCCAACACUGCAAACCUGGACAAAUAUGAGCCUGUGGGGCAGCUGGUGGCCAUGUUGGCUGAGCGGUACAGAGCUAGCACACGGCCAUCCAUCCCAGCUAUGGACCGACUGAUGGAAUGGCUCCCCGCCCACCUCCCCACGGAGCAACCAGCUAAGGUGGUGCAUGGAGACUUCAGACUCAGCAGCCUGGUGUUUGACGUGGAGAAGCCCCAGGUGACAGCAGUGCUGGGCUGGGACAGGUGUGCCCUGGGGGACCCACUCAUGGACCUGGCGUCUCUCUGCAUGGCCCACUACCUGCCCCCUGAUUCGCCCAUCCAACCAGGACUUGGGCAAAGAGAUCUUGCUCAGGCGGGCAUCCCAGAGGCAGCUGAGGUCUUUCAGCAGUACAGCCAUGUGAUGGGACUGGGGGAUAUACCACACUGGCAGUUCUACAUGGCCCUGUCUUUCUUCCGCCUCGCAGUCGACCUCCACGUUGGGAGUGCAGACGUUGGUGCAGGAGAGAGACCCACAGGACACGCGGACAGAAGACAUGAACUCCAUGCCCAGGUGGCAGAGUUGGCAUGGGACUUUGCUACCAAGGAGGGGUUUCGUGUGUUCAACGCCAUGCCCAGAGCCAGCUCCAGCCUGGCCACUUAAGUGUGACUCGUAUCUUAUUACAGUAUUUAAAUGCGGAUUGCAUUUAGUACUCUGCAUCUGUGAAUGAGUGGUUAGGAAUACAAAAAGCUAGUGUUCAGAACACCUUGACUACAAGAAAAAACACAGUACACACAAUCACCCCUCCUCUCCAGUAGAACUAAUAGCACUUGCACACUUGUCCAGCAGAAGUGUGUUGGUGAUUAAAACUGAUGGGGCAAAAACUAAUCAAUUCAUGAAACUGAGUCCAUAUUUAUUUUUUUAAUGGGAAAACAUGCUGUCAAGUUCCUGUUUGCCACACAUAUGUACUAUGCUUAUUUUGUUCAUAUUAUGAAGAAAAUUAUAUUUUAACACAAAUAUAUUGAAUACAGAGCUUGUAUAUAAAUAUGAAAGGUAGUAAAAACAAGAAACAAAAAGUAAAACUUUC